UCUGCCCACCUUUUUUUUACCAUCUCUCUCUGUAAAACAAAACAAAAACACAAAAUCUCUCUCCCUCCCUCUCUCGCUCUCUCUCUCUCUCUGACUCUCUCUCUCUCAGCUCAACCUAGCUCCUCACUCCAUUUUCUUCGAUUCUGCGAUCUCACUAUCUCCACUAUAAGGAAGAUUAGAAAGAUUGCAUUUGGAUUAGCAUUGAAUUGUAAAAACUGUGGAAGCGCUCUUCAGUUUGAGCUAUUCACAUGGAUGCAUUUUUAAUGCAACAAUGCACUAAAAUGGAAGAAAGAUCAAGCACGAAGCCAAAAGAAUUAGAACAAGUACAUAAUACUUUGACAAAUGGUAGAUGUACUCCACCAGGGCAAAUGGAUAAUGUGACAGCUGAAGAUGUACAAAAAGCAUCAGCCGGAACAAAAGUUGGGGUAAAUGUUUCUGUUGGUGAUAAGAUAGUACCGUCUGCAGAUGACUCAAUCAAACUUCUGCCAUUUGGAGAAUUGCCACAAGAUAUGAAAAUGUGUAGUCCUGGUCCAGUCGAAGUUCAAGCUGAAAAUCAGUCCAAAAUAUCACCAAACUCUAUAAAAGUUACACCAGACCAUAAUCAUAAAUUUGGUUCUGAAAUGGUCAAUAAUGAAGCAGAAGAAAACCAUGUGAUUGCCACAGAAAAUACAGAAAAUGGACCAAUAAAAGGCCAAAAUUCUGAAUUUGGCCAUAUAAAUAUGGAACAGAAAGGAACACUCCCAGAAGAAGUGACCCCAAAUAAUUGUUUGGAGUCAUCAAUUCCACAGAUAGACACCCAAUCCAGGAUAUAUAGCAGUGAUCUAUUAGGAUCACCAACAGGUGAUGCAGCAAACGAUCACAUCCAUUUGGAACAACAAAUAAACAAUGCUCCAAACAGUUCAGGUCUUGAGCAAUUGGGACCUGGUCAAGAGACUGCUGCUGAGGGCUCUAGCCAUUUAGAAGAAACAGUUGAAGGAACUCCUGUUUUACCCAGAAACAGACCAAUUUCCAUGAUAUCUUCAGAGGGUAACAUCAAGGUAUUAUCAGGAAAAAGAAAAAAGAAUCAAAAUCUAUUAGUAAGCAGCAGCAGAACGUUGCGCUCAAGGUCGCAGGAAAAAUCUAAAGCACCUGACACGAGUAAUAUGGUGACAGAAGGUGCUGACAGUCAAAAGAAAAAGAAGAGGAAAAAACGAAUGGAGAAAAAUAAAAUUGAUGAAUAUUCUAGAAUAAGGACACAUCUAAGGUAUUUGCUACACAGAAUACAAUAUGAAAAGAACUUCAUUGAUGCUUACUCAGGGGAAGGUUGGAAAGGGCAAAGCUUAGAAAAACUGAAACCAGAGAAGGAGCUUCAACGAGCAAGAUCUGAAAUUGUACGACGCAAAUUGAAAAUCAGAGAUCUUUUUCAGCGCCUGGAUUUGUUAUGUAGCGAGGGAAGAAUUCCUGAUAAUCUGUUUGAUUCUGAAGGAGAAAUUGACAGUGAAGAUAUAUUCUGUGCAAAAUGUGGAUCCAAAGACGUGACACUCAGUAAUGAUAUCAUCCUUUGCGAUGGUGCUUGUGAGCGCGGAUUUCACCAAUUCUGUUUGGAUCCACCGUUGCUGAGAGAACACAUUCCUGCUGGUGAUGAGGGUUGGCUUUGCCCAGGAUGUGAUUGCAAAGUUGAUUGCUUAGAGUUACUUAAUGAUUCUCAAGGAACAAAAAUUUUAGUCACUGACAGCUGGGAGAAAGUCUUUGCAGAAGAGGCAGCAGCAGCAGCAGCUGGGAAAAAUUUGGAUGAUAUUUCUGGAUUGCCCUCAGAUGAUUCUGAGGAUGAUGAUUAUAAUCCUGAUAGUCCUGAUUUGGAUGAGAAUGUGCAGGCCGAUGUAUCAAGUUCAGAUGAAUCUGAUAAUCAUUCGGGAGCAGAUGAUCUGCGGGUUUUACCUCAGAAAGAACUUUUCUUGGGCCUGCCUUCAGAUGAUUCAGAGGAUGAUGAUUAUGAUCCUAGUAGCUUAAAUUAUGAUCAGAAGUCUAAAAUGGAAAGCUCAAGUUCUGAUUUUACAUCUGAUUCAGAAGAUUUGACUGUUGUGGUUGAUAAGUGUAAACCUUCUAGUGAAGUUCAAGGACCAGUGACCUCAUCCCCAGAUGACGUCAUGGAAGAUGAAGAAGGAUGUGGACUUCCUGAGGAAGGUGAUUGUGCCUCCGUGUAUCCGAGAAGACAAGUUAAGAGAUUGGACUACAAAAAGCUACAUGAUGAGGAAUAUGGAAACACGUCUUCUGAUUCAAGUGACGAAGACUACAUGGAUUUGGCUUUACCAAAUACAAAAAAGAAUAUUUCGGAAGAAGAAGAUUUGUUGUCUCCUAAUUUGGAAGUUACUACGGAGAAUGGGAAAGAGAGUGAUGAUUCAGAGCCGGACCAGAAAACAAAUGAAAAUACUCAUAAUAAGAGAUCAUCUAAAACGAAGUUUACCGUCAGUGGCACAAAUUCUACACCUGCUAGAUCUUGUAAAGGCUCUCCGACCACUGGUGGUAAGAGUACUUCUAGACUUCAAAAGAAGGUUGAUGUCAAUGGCGCAUAUUCUACCCCUGCUAGAUCCUGUAAAGACUUUGCUGCCACCAGUGAUAAAAGCACUUCUAGUCUUAAAAAGAAGUUUGACGUUGAUGUUACAAAUUCUACCCCUGCUAGAUCACCUAAAUGCUCUUCUGCCACUACUCGUAAAGGUACUCCUAGAUCAUCAUUUGGGGAACAAGCAACUCAGAGACUCCUCCAAUCCUUCAAGGAAAAUCAAUACCCUCAGCGCACUGUGAAAGAGAGUUUAGCUACAGAAUUACAAUUAACAAUCCAGCAGGUAAGCAAAUGGUUUGAAAAUGCUCGUCAUAGCUUUCGUCACUCAAGAGGCAGGGCAUCAGAUGUGGCUAAAAUUACCCCAGACAAAGUCACUCCUCAGAAAAGUAGUAACUUGUCUGAAUCUGACUCAAGAUCGGUCUUAAACAAUACUACUUGCAGUGAAGUUAAAAAGAAGAAACAAGAUGAAGGAACCACUGCAGAAUGCUGUGACAAAGACACGACGUCAAACAUGGUUGCAGAGGAAGGCAAUGGGUGCAAUUCUAGUAGUACAAAUCCUAGAAAAAGAAAGGCCAAGUUUGGUAGUGAAGCAACUGAACCUAAUACAAGUUCGGAGACACUUGAGCAGAAUGCAGAAGUUAAUCCUCAAAAAACUAGCAAAAGAAAGACAAAGUUUGGUAGUGAAGCAACUGAACUCGAUACAAGUUCGGAGACACCUGAGCAGAAUGCAGAAGUUGAUCCUCAAAAAACUAGCAAAAGAAAGGCCAAGUUCGGUAGUGACGCAACUGAACCUAAUACAAGUUCGGACAUACCUAAGCAGAAUGAAGAAGCUAAUCCUCCAAAUACUAGCAAAAGAAAGGCCAAGUCUGGUAGUGAAGCAACUGAACUUGAUACAAGUUCGGAGUCACCUAAGCAGAAUGCAGAAAUUAAUACUCCAAAAACCCAGGGGGUACGAAAAAGUAGUAGAAUCCAGUCAAAAAGUAAGGAAUCUAUCUCUUGAGUACCUGGUUUGAUGGCCAUGUAGAAGCCUUAUAUUCAGGAGCAAGAAAGAGGUAGGAAUUUUUGUUUCUAAGCCACUUGAAGUCCGAUUAUAUUUGGUUGUCACUGUAGCAAACUGUUGCACCUGGCAAGGAUUGUUAUAGUUUUUUACUUCAGGUUUGACUUAUUCACCCUGCAAAGAUGCUCAGGAAGUUGUUAUAAGUUGUUGGAAAGAUUUAAAUAGACGUGGUAUUGUCAUUAAGCAAUAUCCUCUUGCAAACGGAAGGUUUCCCCGUGCGGAAGUACAUCUAAGUUUGUUAUUGGGCUAUAUGUUUUAAUGAUUUCAUUAAUGCAAUCUCAGCUGUAGUUUUUAGGGUUAAGAAAUUUUGUUCUACCGCCAUAUUCCUUAGAGUGCCAUGUAUCAUGGCAAAGUGCUGUGAUUGUCAGUGUGCAUCAUUCUUAAACUCAAUACAGAUUUGUAUUGUAAUAACCUGCUAAAAUUUUCCAUCUAGACAUUUUAAGGAAGCUAUACAGAACUUUCUGUA